GCUGGGAGCCACCGGGGAUUUGGCGAAGAAAGAGACGUUCCCUGCUCUGUUGGAUUUGUUUGCUCAUGAUUACUUGCAGCACGAGGCCGUCAUAGUGGGCUACGCGCGGAAGGAGAUGACAACUGAAAGCUUCCGGGAGUACUUGUCGGAGGUCCUGCUGAAGUCGCACGUUUGCCAAGAGAUGCCAGAGACCAAGGACAGUAUCCCAGCCUUCCUAAAGAAAGUGCACUACUUUGCGGGUUCCUAUGAUUCAGUCGAUGCGAUGGCUGAGCUCGACAAGCUGCUGACUGUGGAGGAAGAAAGGUUUCACAUUGGCGACAAUGACAAGCAAUCCCACCGGGUCUUCUACUUUGCCAUUCCGCCCUUUGUGUUUCAAGGAGCUGCGAAGGCAAUCAAAGAAGUUGCCAUGGCAAAAGGAGGAUCCACACGACUCAUCAUCGAGAAGCCCUUUGGACAUGACUUGACCUCUGCGAAAGAGCUGCAGGAAGGCUUGUCUGGCCUUUUCAAGGAGGAAGAGAUUUACCGAAUGGACCACUUUCUAGGCUAUGAGAUCUGCCAGAACAUCCUCGCCGUUCGAUUUGGGAAUCAGUUCUUGGAGCCCUUGAUGAACAACAAACAUGUGGCUGCAGUGCGAGUGACGUUGAAGGAGGACUUUGGAACGGAAGGACGUGGAGGCUAUUUCACCAAAUAUGGCAUUAUUAGAGACGUCAUCCAGAACCACUUACUGCAGAUGCUUUGCUUGGUGGCCAUGGAAAGGCCUGGCAGUAUGGAUGGUGAACCAGACAUCCGUGAUCGCAAGGUAGAGCUGCUGAAAGCCAUGGAGCCUUUUGACCCCUGCGAAGUCGUUCUGGGGCAGUAUGUCGGCGCAAAGGGAAAGCCGGGAUACUUGGAGGACGAUUCCAUUAAAGAGGCAGACCGUGAGAUGGCGAAGAAAUGCCCAACCUUCUGCCAGAUGAUCGUCCGAAUCAACAACGAGCGUUGGAAAGGAGUGAACUUCAUCGUAAGGGCUGGGAAGGCCAUUGACGAGUGCAAGUGCGAAAUCCGGGUCCAGUUCAAGGAAGCGGAG